AAAUUGAAAUGAAAACGAGGCUCGUUAGGGUUAAGAAAAAAGAGAAUGGAAUGCAAGGAAUUUAGUUUCUUAGAUGAAUCAAUAUAAUACAAUUAAGUGCAUAAAGAGCAGUGAUACUGGAGUUUCAUUUACACCAUACUUUGAUUUAAGAGUCAUGUCUGGUAAAAUAACAAGAUGAAAAAUUCGUCUACCAUGCAGCCGCACUGUGACACAUAAAGGAUUGAUAGUUCAUGCGAGAGUGUCUACAGUCACGUUACACAUGGGGCACAGUAUAUAGGCCUAAGUGUAACUGUGCUGUGGUAGAACUGCAUUCCACAGGUGUAUUAUGGCUAUACACCACAGGAGGUACAGGCGACGAUAAAUUACAGUAAAUUAUGUCCUCACUGUCAUUGCAUAAUGCAGCAAACAAAAAGAAGAAAAUUGUCAAUGUUGUCUUAUUAAAUGGAGAAGCAUAUCAAGUUACAGUGGAUGUCAAGUCCAAAUUUCAAGAUGUAUUCAACCAAAUAACUUCAUACCUAAAUCUUAGGGAAACCGAGUAUUUUGGAUUAGCACAAAAGAAAGAUGAGGAAUACUUAUUUGUUGCUUUGGAUGAAAAAAUUCACAAACAAGCACCAAAGUCUUGGAAGGCAGGAAAUGGAGAGGGACUGGAUGAGCGGGGUCUGCCUGUCUUGACAGUGUAUUUUCGUGUUCAUUUCUACGUGGAUCAGUUUGUGUUGCUGAGGGAGAAAGUGACGAGGCAUCUGUAUUAUCUUCAAUUGAAAGAAAAUUUGCUGGGUUACCAUCAUGUUUGUUCAGAGGGAAAGUGCUUCCAGAUGGUGUCCUAUGCCUUACAAGCAGACUUUGGCAAUUACACUUCUGAAAAGCAUGGAGACGGCUACUUUGAUCCUAGAGAAUACUUUCCUGCAUGGAUGGUGAAGAGAAGGGGAGAAAACUACAUUGUGAACAAUACCCCCGUCAUUCACAAGGAUUUACAGAAUGUGACGAAAUCAGAAGCAGAGCUGCGUUUUAUUCGCGAGGCUUCCAUGUCACCUGCUGCACACAAUCUUCAUUUUUAUCGUCUUCGGAAACGGAAAAUUGACAAAACUUGCAAUGCUUGGUUAGGUGUUUGUGCCAAAGGGAUUGAAAUAUAUGAGGAAUUGGGUGAUUCGUUCAAAAACCUCAUUUCUACGUUUUUAUGGCCUGAUAUUGGAAAACUCCACUUUGAGAAAAAGAAGUUUGAGAUUCAGUCUGGUCCGGGUGGAAGGAAGUUUGCGUAUUACACAGAAUCGGACACCAAGUCCAAGUACCUGCUGUCACUCUGCCGAACGACUCACAUGUUCCAGAUGGCCAUCCAACCAAAGCUGAUGGAGAUCCGACAUUUAGAUGCUGAAGAUAAGAGGAGGUAUCGGGAAUCGUACAUUUACUCAGACACCCAAGAUCUGGUAACAAAUGGAGGGGCCUUCCGAGGAAAUUUAUCUCCCUCCACUAAAGGCACUACAACGAGGUUCUCAGUGGUCAGUGAUGCCAGUUCGAAUACCACGUCAGGCAUAGCCAGUGACAAAAUGACCAUUAGCUUUGAAGAGAAUGAUGAACACAGCAAAGAAAUUAUAAUAGAUUGUCCACCCCAAGUUUCAAAUUUUAGAAUGUCUCCUCAUCAAGCAAGACUGAAAACGGAGGGAGUCAUCUCCACUUUGCCAAGUUACAUACCGUCUAGGAGCAAGAAGACUAGUCCCAAGCUGGACUACAAAUCGGCCUCAGUAGGACGCGGAAUGAAACACAUUGACCGGUCACCUUCUCUGGGACGACCAAUCAUCCCCAAGACGAGCCCAUCCCCUGUCAUCCGACAUAUUGAUAGAAUAUCACCCACCGCGACACCCGUUAUUGGUGCACAUAAAUCAGACAUUAGCGCACACAGUGGACAUAGUGCACAUAGUGUUCAGAGCUCGAGCACGGUGUUCAAUAGUUCAGAGCACGUAAACAAGUCUCUGAGUGGAAGUAGUUUUGGUUCGUUACAAGGAGGAAGACUCCGACUGCCCUGCCCCCCUCAGUCUGUGCCCCCGACUUACAACACUGCCAGGACAGUGCCUGUUUAUGUAGCUCAUACCACCACCUCUAGCUUCAGUCACUCAGAUGCAAUAUCAUUUUCACAGCCAGUCAGUAGAAGCACAAGUCGUGCUGAUAGUUUUAGCAAGAACUUUGGACGGUAUCAACUGCAGGAGAAUGAACCCUAUAUUCCCCCCGUAUCCAAUCCCUUACAAACUACUUUUGCUAGUUCCCUUUCUCCGGGAGUUGGAAGUGGCACCCCACUGUUAGAUGCUUUGGCUGGUAAUAUCGUCUUACCAAGCUACCCUCCAGUCACUCAUGGGGAGAUGACAGAAGUUCAUUACACCAAACCGGAAGUGCCUGAGACCUACAUUCCUAACAAUGAAAUGACUCUACCAGAAAUGACGAAGGAGUACCUGGCCCCGCCCCCUAUGUUUGCUGACCAUAGUCAUAACGAAUCUUCAGAUUCUGCUUUGUCUGGAUCUGGUAUUUUGGACCUAAAGUUAUCCGGGACCUCAGGUAGCGGAUCAAUGGACCAUGUUGAGUCCGACAUCGAAGAGGGAAAACAAGAUAACGAAGCAAAGAACGAAAAUCCACCGACUCAAAUUUCAGUCAAUAAUCAAGAAGAAAUUCUCCACCCAGAGCUUGAGGAAAUCAGGGGUCAACCCAGUGCAUUUUCUUCAUUCUCCAUGAUAACCAAGCUUUGUAAUGACAAAUCAUUGAUGCAAACUCCAUACCCUAAAGUAUCCAUGCCUUUAAUUGGUGCAUAUGAUAUGAAUUCAAUUAGGUCAACAGACUCGCGUAUAUCACAUUUGUCGCAUGAACUGGAUUCCCGGCGUUUAUCGUCUUGUUACCCUGAGUCGUCAGACACCAUGCUAACUUCAGUGGCCCCCACCAGACCAUACAGUUGGCAUAGUGAAAACUUCGACCUGGACACCCAGUUGACAUUAGUGAAUGGUAAUGUUGUCAUGACGCCUGGUUACUUUGAUAACCACAGCCGUAUGCCACAGGACAUGCGUGGCUUCUUCAUGGCUCCUUCCCCUUCUAUAGCUAAUUCAAUCACGCUGGACUUUGCUAGGCAACAGAUGAUGGGAGACAGAUACUCACCUCAAUCAAUAGCGAGUCAGUUAAUGAUACCUCCAAAACUGUCAAGUGGCGGCCACAGCUCCACGGACAGAAACAUUAGUCAGAAAGCUUUCAAAGAAACAUACGGGAUUGCGUAAAUACCGAGUUCUAUUACCUAUUUUUACGUUUACUGAUACUUUUAAAGAAAUCUUUCUUUUCAUUUGAAUUACAGUUGCAAGACAUAGUUUUCAUAAUUGCUGAUGCCUGUGCUAUGUAUGUUUUUUUUUUCCCCUGCGUUACAGAUCUGAAAUAUAAUGAUUGAACAAAAAAUGUGUUAAUUUUGAUAACGAUUGUUGAAUGACUUCUCAGAGUGCAGUUUUUGUAAGGUUGGUGAAUGUCUAAAAACUAUUUACUGCCAAAUGUUGAGUAUGUGAAUAGUGAAUAGCAGGUAGUUUUUGUUAAAAGAUUAUUUUUAUUAAAAUAUUAUUUUUAUGUGCUGUGCACAAAAUGAUAUUGUCCUUUUAUUCGGACUUUUUCAAAGUUUUUGAAAAUUAUAUACCCACACACACACAUAGUUAGGGAAGAAAAUUAGAUUCUUAAACUGAUAUAUAUACUUGAACUUCCUAUCGACAAUACAGUAACUUUUCUUCAGAGGUUGCAUUUCCCAUGCAAUUCAGUUGAUUAUAUGGUUUUGUAGAUUUUGUUUGUUUAUGUGUAUUAUCUUUUCCCUAUAAAGAUUUAUUUCUCUCCACAUCUGCAAUAAAAAUUAGUUUUUGUAUAUGUUUGGUAAAAAAAAUUGUUGUGAUACAUAUAUCUUAAUUAUACAAGGUUGUAGUACAUGCUCAUUUUGUCUUCACAAGCAAAAUUUACAUAAAGAUGUACAAUAUAUUUCCAGCUGAUGAUUGUUCAAGCUUUAAAAUAUAGCGAUAUAUUAUAUAUAUAUAUACAUAUAGUGGAAUUUUAACUAGGAGAUGUUUUUGUAUCAAAGUUUGUGCAUUUUACCUUGAUAUUAUUUUAAUUAUUGGAUGGGCUUCAGAAAUGAAGCGUCUUUCCCUAUAAAGAGGAUUCCAGUGUUGCACUGAAAACUAGCAGAUAUUCACGUGUAGAUGUAUGCAGGAAAAUAUACUGGUGGUAUGAUGUAAAAUUACUCCACAUUAUAUAGUCCAAUAGUAAACAGAUGAACUAUAUUACAUCAUUUAAUUUAGAUUAUUCAAUCCGAGUUUGCAAGCUUAUAAUUCAAAACACAGCCAUAACUUGUCAUUGAUAUGUGUUUAUCCUCAUCAUGGUGAAUGUUUCGUUACAUUUUCAUUUAAUCCUAAACACAGCUAUAUAUCUUGUAAUUUGAUAUCUUUAUCACCGUCAAGGAAAAUGUUUGGUUCAGUUUACCCGAUCUGUAGCUUACAGUGCAACCUGGAGAUCACCAUUGAUUCAUUCUGUGAUGUAAACAUUGUGAUAAUGGCUGAAGAGUCAGUAUUUCUUAAUCAUGGUCAGUAUAGCUCACAAUGAUACUGCUUACAUGUUUGUCAAACAAACUUUGUUCAUUUUUCAUUCAUUAACAAAAUUUGGAGAUAUAUAUAAUUAAUACUGCUGAUUAUGACUAGUACUCAGAAAUGUUACUGUUAAAUGGGAGAGAAAAUCAUUAAAUGGGGUCAGGAACUAUUGAAAAGUAUACAAAUGUUUUUCAACAUUAACAAAAUGAUAUGAUAUUGCUAGAGAGUACUUUUUUUAUGACUUGGAGCAGAUUUUUAAAUAUUUGAUAGUGUAUGCUAAAAAAAAAAUUAUGUAGCUUGAAAGCAAAGAUACUGUAGGAGGAGAAAAUGAAAAGAAAGGUUUUAUUUAUAGUUUUAUACAUGUGUUAAAUUAUUUACAUGGAAUAUGUCAGGGCAAUUGAAACAAUUAUAUAUUAACUAAAAAUCCCAUUUUCCAGGAGCAUUUCUAUCAAAACACAACGCAUAUAACUUACUCAUGUUUAUAAUAAUCAUCCGUCAAUUUCAAAUGAUAGGUUUCAGUGAUGAAUUUCUGCUGCAUAUCAGUAAUAGCCAGAAAGCAUUUAUAAUCAAUGUUGACAUUUUUUGUGAAGAUGGUGUCUGGUUUUCAUGGAAUUUUUCUUGGCUGAAUUUAGAAUAUACCUAGGACUAUGGUGCUUAUCAGAUCAUACCCCCCAAUACACAUUAAAUAUGCAUUUUUAAUCAAAUAUUUGAAAAUAUUUUUAUUUCGACAUAUUUUGUUGUAAUAAUAUAAUGUUACAACUUAGAACAGCCUUUCUGUAGAGAAAAAUCACACCAAGGGAUGUUUAGCACACAUAUUAUAUUGAUACUCAACUGAAAUUUUAAUUUUCGGUUUCUUAACAACUUCUCUGUCCCUCUUUUAAUCUAUUUGGUUAUCAACUAUGUGUGCUAGAAUGCCAGAUAACAUUUCCCUGGAACCAGACACCUUAAAAUCUUAAUAAGAUAUCUAUGCAACUAACAAUGAUGUUUCAUAUUUUUGUUUAAAUUCAAUAUCUACUUAAUUUUUUAUCAUUUAAGUCACAUGCAGUAAGAAAUUAUCCUGUACUGUUACUAUGGGUACAGAAUGACAUUAGUAAUUUAAUGACCUAAUUUAUUUACUUGUCUGGAAUAUGUUUACAUAGUGAGUGAAGGCACAUAAGAGAAGGUGAAAUAUUUGAUGAUAUGUUCUGUGACAGAAGUAUGUAGUGGUCUCUUUCCACCACACACAGUGCUAAUUAUUCUGCUAGACAGAGAUCUAAUACCACACACAGUGAUAAUUAUUCUGCUAGACAGAGAUCUAAUACCACACACAGUGAUGAUUAUUUUGGUUGACAGAUCCACCACCACACACAGCUAAUUUUUCUGGUCGAGAUCCACCACACACAGCUAAUUAUUCUGGUAGACAGAGAUCCACCACACCACACACAGCUAAUUCUGGUAGAGAUCCACCACACGACACAUACAGUUAAUUAUUCUGGUUAAGAUCCACCACACACAGCUAAUUAUUCUGGUUAAGAUCCACCACACACAGCUAAUUAUUCUGGUUAAGAUCCACCACACAGUGCUAAUUAUUCUGGUAGAGAGAUCCACCACACAGUGCUAAUUAUUCUGGUAGAGAGAUCCACCACAUCAGAUACAGCUAAUUCUGGUAGAGAUCCACCACACCACACACAGCUAAUUAUUCUGGUAGAGAGAUCCACCACACCACACACAGCUAAUUAUUCUGGUUAAGAUCAAACACCACACACAGCUAAUUCUGGACAAGAUCCACCACAUCACACACACAGCUAAUUAUUGUAGUUGAGACCACCACACAUAGCUGAUUAAUCUAGUGGACAGAAAUCUACCACCACACAUGGUUAAUUAUUCUGGUAGACAGACAUGGUUAAUUAUUCUGGUAGACAGACAUGGUUAAUUAUUCUGGUAGACAUACAUGGAGUAAAUGUGGAAGAAAACUUCAUGUAAUCUGAAAGUUUGUUCAAACAUUGAAGACGUUUCUUUGUUUUGUUGUCAUUUUUUUAUUUCAAAAUUUCCUUUCAGACCUCACAUUUUGCCAGUGAAUAACGGGUUGUUGAAAAUUUACUUUAAUUGAUACCUAUGCAAUAUUCAUCAUUAUUAUGGGCAUUUUAUCCACAUUAACUUGAGUUCUCUUUCAAAUACAAACUGUGUACGAAUCAUGUUUUACUGUUUAAAGUUUGAGGGGGGAAAAGUGUUGAAUAAUAAUACAUGCAGUGUAAUGUGUGAAUCACAGAAUUUUUCAAAAUGAAACAUGGAUUAUGAAAGAUAUUAUCAUCAAAAUAUAUGUGUAUGUUUCCACCUCAUUGUACCAAAUGUAAAAACAGGUUAAAUUCUGAAGAAGAUGGUGCUAAGAAUAUUUCAUUGGAAAGUGUUAUGUGCCUUUUUAUGUAGGAUAUUUAUCGAAGACAGCUUUAUGUGUUGUAUACAUGAUGACUAACUGGUUAUUAUCAGACAUUAGGUACCUUUCAUACUUGUUACAGAUACUAAUGGAUGAAAUAGGUAAUUCAUGAAGGGAGUAUUUAUAUAAAUAAAUAUAUGUUAUUACUGUG